CCCGUCCCGAACCGGCCAGCAGUCCUGUUUCUUCUUGGGUUGUUGAAGUGUAUGAACGUCCCGACACAGUGACAGUGUGAAAACAAAGCGGCCUGGGGCGUUGUGCUCCUUUUGUGCCUCGUGAGCCUCCGUCGCCUCGGGGGCGUUCGUGUCGCGCCACCUGCUGGGACUUGUAGUCCUGAGCCCGGGGGUGCCUGGGAGGCGGGAGGGGGGGGUUGGAGUUUCUCCGCGCCGAUUCCGCGGGAAGGGCCCAGGGGCGUCCCACUCGGGGAGUCGCGGGAGCUGCAGGUUUCACCGGGGGAGACGCCGCACGUGGGGCGCGCGCCGCCGCGGGUCCUCGGCCGGCUGUGGAGCGCGGGCGGGGCGGCCCGCUGGGUUCCGGAGCGGGGCUGAGCUUUUGAAUUACUUCAACCAUGACAAAAAGAGAAGCAGAGGAGCUGAUAGAAAUUGAAAUUGAUGGAACAGAGAAAACAGAAUGCACAGAAGAAAGCAUUGUAGAACAAACCUACACCCCAGCUGAAUGUGUAAGCCAGGCCAUAGACAUCAAUGAGCCAAUAGGCAAUUUAAAGAAACUACUAGAACCAAGACUACAGUGUUCUUUGGAUGCUCAUGAAAUUUGUCUACAAGAUAUUCAGCUGGAUCCAGAACGAAGUUUAUUUGACCAAGGAGUAAAGACAGAUGGAACUGUACAACUUAGUGUACAGGUGAUUUCUUAUCAAGGAAUUGAACCAAAGCUCAACAUCCUUGAAAUUGUUAAACCUGCGGAAACAGUUGAAGUAGUCAUUGAUCCAGAUGCUCAUCAUGCUGAAGCAGAAGCACAUCUUGUUGAAGAAGCUCAGGUUAUAACUCUUGAUGGCACAAAACACAUUACAACCAUUUCAGAUGAAACCUCGGAGCAAGUGACAAGAUGGGCUGCCGCACUAGAAGGUUAUAGGAAAGAGCAAGAACGCCUUGGGAUCCCCUAUGAUCCUAUACAGUGGUCUACAGACCAAGUCUUGCAUUGGGUAGUUUGGGUCAUGAAGGAAUUCAGCAUGUCUGAUAUAGACCUCAGCACACUCAACAUUUCAGGACGAGAUUUAUGUAGUCUCAACCAAGAAGAUUUCUUUCAACGGGUUCCUCGGGGAGAAAUUCUCUGGAGUCAUCUGGAGCUUCUUAGAAAAUAUGUAUUGGCAAGCCAGGAGCAACAGAUGAAUGAGAUAGUUACAAUUGAUCAACCUGUCCAAAUUAUUCCAGCAUCAGUUCAGUCUGCAACACCAACUACCAUUAAAGGUAUAAACAGCAGUGCAAAGGCAGCUAAAGUACAAAGAGCUCCAAGGAUUUCAGGAGAAGAUAGAAGUUCACCUGGGAACAGAACAGGAAACAAUGGCCAGAUUCAACUGUGGCAGUUUUUGCUAGAACUUCUUACUGACAAGGAUGCUCGAGACUGCAUUUCUUGGGUUGGUGAUGAAGGCGAGUUUAAACUGAAUCAGCCUGAACUGGUUGCACAAAAAUGGGGACAACGUAAAAAUAAACCUACAAUGAACUAUGAGAAACUCAGUCGUGCAUUAAGGUAUUAUUAUGAUGGGGACAUGAUUUGUAAAGUUCAGGGCAAGAGAUUUGUGUACAAAUUUGUCUGUGACUUGAAGACUCUUAUUGGAUACAGUGCGGCAGAGUUGAACCGUUUGGUCACAGAGUGUGAACAGAAGAAACUUGCAAAGAUGCAGCUCCAUGGAAUCGCCCAGCCUGUCACGGCAGUAGCCCUGGCUGCAGCUUCUCUGCAAGCAGAAAAGGAUAACUGAGCUCAGGACCUGCUGGGGUUUCAAGGUUUUUCUUAACUAUGAGAGCAAGCAUUGCUCUUACCUUUAUUACUGAAUUUGGAUCUUCCUUUAUUUCUAGACUGUACAGUCUGAUGCAUGAUUUUUUUUAUAAAUAUUUCAUACUCUUGUGAAUUUGGAUCUUUUUACUUUGAGCAUAUAUUUUAGAAUAUGUGUAUGUUACAGGAUCACCACAAUGGCUUCAGUAUGAAGGCAGGUUCAUUGUGGGUAGUUUAACAGUCAGGAAAACUAAACUGGUCAGUAUUAAUGUCUAGCCCUACCAAAAAUAGCCAGCAGCAUCUGAGGAUGAAAAAUAAAUGAAGUAUCUUCAGGAAACAGUCUGGCUUACCUAUUUUUGAAAGUAUAACUGUUUACCCUCUCUGCUGCUUUAGAUGUUGCUUUACAUAAAACCAGAAAAUGGAACUUUAACAGAGAAAGCAUGUGUGCCUGUUUCAUCUAAUCAGGCAGAGCUAAAAUAGUCAUAUCAAAUAAAAGUAUAAAUAAUAAAUUACUAAACUAUUAGUAUCAAGUUAUUAAAGUAAUUUAUAUAUUUGCAAGCAAAGGACAAAGAAGUCAACUGGCAGAAGAGCAGUGCUGAAGAGGGAGAUCCAGGUUUAAAUCUGGCUCAGGUUUUUGUAUAGAUUCAUGUCAGGUCAAGAAUUUAAAUUAUUCUAAGAGAAGCAUUGAAUCUAAUAAACCAACUAUUACAAAAAUCUUGAAGUGAUCUCUUUUUCCUGUCAGAGAUCUAAAAAGCCGAGAAGGUAUACCUCAGCCAGAAAAUUGGUUUGUCUUCUCUCUCUCUCUCUCUCUCUCUUUCUCUCUCUCUCUCUCUCUUUUUGUUUUUAAAUUACUCUUUCAUGUUGGUUUAUGUAGAGCAGCUUCAAUGGUCAUUGUGUUUCUGAUGAAAUGAAGACUUUAAAUCAGUCAGCAGUACUUCACCUUUCAAGAUAUUAGGAAAUUAUUUGCAAAUAGUUUAAAACGAAAAUUUUAUCUCCAGUACAGGCAGUUUUCUCUUAAAGCAAAAUUGCCCAUUUAUUUAAUUUCUCCUUUUGAAUAUAUAUCUGAAUAUACAGAUAUAUGUAUACAUGUCCACAUGACCAUUUCCUAUAAAUACAGAUAUACACAUAUAUAAAGACAUAAUAUUCAAAAGGAAAGAUAUUUGAAAAGGUAAUAACUCAUUUUUUUAAUCUUAAAAAAAUUAAAUAAUUCUUAUAAAUAUGAAACUCUUUACUUAACCACAAACUAACACUAAGCAGAAGUGGCUAGAAAUAUGUAUUUUUUUGUUGUUUGCUUGCUCACUCUCCUUGCUUGCUUUUGUUUUGUUGUUUGUUUUAAGGUAUUAUGUACAAAUCCUGAUGUGAGAUAUGGCAAAUAGGUUCUAAUCCUCUUAUAACAGAAGAUUUAUUCUCAAAUAUUACUUCAUGCACCUUCUCCCUCAUCAUUUACUUUAAAUUCACCCCUCUAAACAGCUUUAUGAGGGUUAGUUAAUGCUUUUGACUAACCAGGAGGAAAGGGCCAUGGUAAUACAGGCAACGUGGCUUUGCUAGCAGGUGCUGCCAUCAUAUACUAAAUAGCAUUUGGAAUGAACCACAGGAGACAGGGCUUUUAGGAACAGGAGAAGAGGAGAGGUCUGUGAUCCCCUGGUCUGAUAACUUUAAUGUUAAGUGCUGUGCUGUAGGGCUACAAAGUAUAAUGUUGGUCCAACUAUUUGACUGAAUUAAGUUCUUUAAGACUGCUGUACACACCUAAAAA